AGUGGACAGUCCCCACAAGGUAAACAUGGGUUGGAAGGGGCUGGAGUGGACAUAGGGUAGCAACAGUUAGGAAAUUACCAGUCGCUCCCGACUGACACGGCACCUUUGAAAUACUUUUAAGAGUCUGAAAUCUUUUCCUGGAAGGAGCCGCCCUCUCACCUUUUGGCUUAAAUUAUACGAUGCUCGGAAAACAAACUCUAUCCGGCACAACCUGUCACUGCACAGCCGGUUCAUGCGGGUCCAGAAUGAGGGAACCGGCAAGAGCUCUUGGUGGAUCAUCAACCCUGACGGGGGAAAGAGCGGGAAGGCACCCCGGCGGCGGGCUGUGUCCAUGGACAACAGCAACAAGUAUACCAAGAGCCGUGGUCGUGCAGCCAAGAAGAAGGCAGCCCUGCAGACAGCCCCUGAGUCAGCAGAUGACAGUCCCUCCCAGCUCACCAAGUGGCCUGGCAGCCCCACAUCACGCAGCAGUGAUGAGCUGGAUGCGUGGACGGACUUCCGCUCACGUACCAAUUCCAAUGCCAGCACCGUCAGCGGCCGCCUGUCACCCAUCUUGGCGAGCACAGAGUUGGAUGACGUCCAGGAUGAUGAUGCACCACUCUCCCCCAUGCUCUACAGCAGCUCCGCUAGCCUCUCACCCUCUGUAAAUAAGCCAUGCACCGUGGAGCUACCACGGCUGACCGACAUGGCGGGCACCAUGAAUCUGAAUGAUGGGCUGUCUGACAACCUCAUGGAUGACCUGCUGGAUAACAUCACCCUCCCAUCGUCCCAGCCAUCGCCCACUGGAGGGCUCAUGCAGCGGAGCUCUAGCUUCCCAUAUACUACCAAGGGCUCCAGUCUGGGUUCUCCAACUGGCUCCUUUAAUAGCACAGUGUUUGGACCCUCGUCUCUGAAUUCCCUGCGCCAGUCUCCCAUGCAGACCAUCCAAGAGAACAAGCCAGCUACCUUCUCUUCCAUGUCACACUAUGGCAACCAGACACUCCAGGACCUGCUCACUUCAGACUCACUCAGCCACAGCGAUGUCAUGAUGACCCAGUCGGACCCCUUGAUGUCUCAGGCCAGCACCGCUGUGUCCGCCCAGAACUCCCGCCGGAACGUGAUGCUUCGAAAUGACCCAAUGAUGUCCUUUGCCGCCCAGCCUAACCAGGGGAGUUUGGUCAAUCAGAACUUGCUCCACCACCAGCACCAAACCCAGGGCGCUCUCGGUGGCAGCCGUGCCUUGUCGAAUUCUGUCAGCAACAUGGGCUUGAGCGACUCCAGCAGCCUUGGGUCAGUUAAACACCAGCAACAGUCUCCUGUCAGCCAGUCUAUGCAAACCCUCUCGGACUCUCUCUCAGGCUCCUCCUUGUACUCAUCUAGUGCAAACCUUCCCGUCAUGGGCCAUGAGAAGUUCCCCAGCGACUUGGACCUGGACAUGUUCAAUGGGAGCUUGGAAUGUGACAUGGAGUCCAUUAUCCGUAGCGAACUCAUGGAUGCUGAUGGGUUGGAUUUUAAUUUUGAUUCCCUCAUCUCCACACAGAAUGUUGUUGGUUUGAACGUGGGGAACUUCACUGGUGCUAAGCAGGCCUCAUCUCAGAGCUGGGUGCCAGGCUGAAGGAUCACUGAGGAAAGGGGAAGUGGGCAAAGCAGACCCUCAAACUGACACAAGACCUACAGAGAAACCCUUUGCCAAAUCUGCUCUCAGCAAGUGGACAGUGAUACCGUUUACAGCUUAACACCUUUGUGAAUCCCGCACCAUUUUCCUAACCCAGCAGAGACUGUUAAAGGCCCCUUACCCCAGGUGAAGCACUUACCCUUGGAACAGAACUCUCUAUAUAAAGUAUGCAAAAUCUUCCUUGUACAGGGUGAUGAGCCACCUGCCAGCGAAGGACAGCACCCUGUCAGCACCACCCACCCUCGUUCAGAGCACACCGUGAGCUCCUGUUGGCGAUUCUGUGGCGUAUUCAUAUCACGAUGGUUUAUGGGAUGUUUUAAGUGUUGUUUUUGUGUUUGUUUUCCUUUGACUUUCUGAGUUUUUCACAUGCAUUAACUUGCAGUAUUUUUAUGUUAAAAUGUUAAUCAUCCUUCCCCUGGCAAAUUUAAAAACAGAAGGAAAAUGUUGUACCAGUUACUAUUCUAGCUUUGGGCAUCACAAGCAUUUGAGCCCUUGGAACUCCAUAAACUAACAAAUUACAUAAACCAGAGGGGGAUAUUCUUUCUUCUUUUGUUUGGUAGAAAACUAUGCUUUUCUAAAAACUGAACAAUGGCACAACUGUUUGCCAUGCGCACCAGUCCAGGACUGACCCCUGUAUAGGCCCAACGAAUGGAGUGCUGCAUGCGACCCAGUGUGUUUUCGUUCUGAGUGAGGGGUCUGGGGGGGCGGGGAGAGACCCCCAGCACCUGGUCUGCAGUUGCCAGAGCAGUCGGGCCUCUGGUCUCCUGGCAUUAUCCUCAGCUAAUGCAGUGAACAGUGAUGGUAUGCUGGUUAGAAAUUAGGAUCUUUUCAAGAAAGAAGUCAGCUCAGCUGCCCACUCAUUGCCAAAUGCCACUAAAGGAUUUAGUUUUAAGGAGAAAA